AACUGCUUCCAGUAGCCGUGGGUCCUCUCUGCUUCAAACGCCUCCUCCAACACUGCCAAGACUUUUGUGUCGCCAUGAAUUUUCUGUGUGAAACGCUACUGCUGCUGUUUUUCUGUGUGACAGGAGGUCUGGCGAUCCAAUGUUACGAGUGCAACUCUCGAUACGAUCGUUCCUGCGGUGACAAGUUUUCGCGCACAGCCGUAGGAAUGGUGGAUUGUGAUCUCAAACUGAAGGGACCUCAUCUAGACAACAUGAACAGCACUGUCUGUCGCAAGAUCGUGCAUCAUAUUCGUGGGCACCAGAGGAUCGUCCGCUCGUGCGGUUGGGUGGACGAUAAAGAAGUCAUGGCCGGCAGAGACUGUAUGCGUAAAGCCGGAACUUAUGAGGUGAUGCUGUACUACUGUUCCUGCUACGACGACUUCUGUAAUUCCGCCAACGACCACAAGAUGUCUCUGCUGCUCCUCGUCACCGCCGCCAUCAGCUGGCUACUGCAUAUGCGAGCAUAAUGGCACACCGGCGCCAUCUAUAGAGACUGCUCAUGAACACGAGCGCCAUCUAUAGACGCUGUUUGGGCCAUGAGUGCAUGGGAUGAUAAGUGCAAUAGUUGAUAGAUUGUGGCGUGAUUGAGACGUUAAUUGUUUUAAAAAGGCUCGAAAAUACUCAAGAUUUGGUGAUUAAAGCCAGACUGCUAGGUGACACGGACAAUAGUGUGCAAACUGUUGCUGUUUGAAGUUAGGAUGAUAUUCCGGCAUAUUGUCUUCGAUUUGCAAUUACUUCCUAUCAGUUUUCUUUAGUGAUUUCUGCCUUAAUUACAUUCUAUCCGCGCAGGGAUAGUAGGCUGCAAUCAGGCACACUUCUUUUAAUUCGUGUAUCCCUAGUUUUCUGGUACAUGUUGUAAGGAAACGAGGCAAGAACAAUUUUUUCGUUAUUUGUUAGCGGGACGUUUUAAAGAUCAGCCUCACUUUCGUCUUUCUAUUUAAUGUUUCCAUAAGCAACAUUAUCUUACUAAAAACUUAUGUGCUUUGUUGUUAGCCUAGAGAUUCUAGAGCCCUUUAGCCACAGUCGAUCUAAGAAGAAAAAUUGGGAGCGAGAAAUGGUAGCAGAUGCCUUCGAGGCAACACUUCAAAAUGGGCCCACAAUAAGCAAUGAGAAAAUGUAGCGAGUUUGAUUUAGACGCGAGUGGUCAGCAUGGAACUGAGUAGCAGAUAUAGUGCAUGAUAUCUUUAUGGGAUAUUCAGAGAGUGUGUGAAAGUUUUGCUAGGAUGUGAAUGAAUAGUCAAAUACUCAGCCUACGUGCCCUGUCUCUCUCCCUCUCUGUCCCUCUCUCUCUCUCUCUCUCUCUCUCCCCCUCUCUCUCUCUCUCUCUCUCUCUCUCUCUCUCUCUCUCUCUCUCUCUCUCUCUCUCUCUCUCUCACCCUUCCUCCCCAGCUCCCAUUGUCUCUCCCGUUCUUAAUUUCUUUCUGGCAUAUUACCCUUCCUUGUAUUUUGUUUACCGCCUAAGUCGGUUAGUAGUAUACCAGAUAUUUAAUUAUUCACAGAAAUCGAAUAUAACAUUUCUGUACCUAAGCCAUAUAUCUUCAAUUUAGCAACUUCCUUACAUCAUAUCUGAUCAACUUCCGAUAUGGUGCUUUUUUCUUAUAAAUGAUCUCCAGCUUCGAACGCUUAUUGAUGAUCUCAAGGUAUGAAUGCGUAGCUAAAUAAGCUUUAGGGUUAUGAAAUAGACAAAUUUGCCUUUAGGCUUGUGCUUUGUCACUGUUGCGGAGGUGGCACUAAUAGUAGGAUGUAAAUACGAUGCAAAUGUUUACCCGAUUUAAUUAUUUUUCCUCUCUGUCUUUUCUUUCUUAUUAUUUCUCCACUGUAUCUCAAUACACCAGAGCCUGGGAAA